AUAGACAUGCUCACUGCAUAACAUACCAGCGGCACGUGUGAGUCUUGCCACUAAGAACAUCAAAACUUCUUUUUUUCCCCACCAACAGGUUUAUAUCGCCGUGAUUUGAUUGAUUCUCGGUGUGCUUGUAUGUGUUCUUCAUGCGCGAGUUUUUCAGGAGUUUUUCCAGUGUUGGCUGAAGUUUCAACACUGCUCUCCACACUUCGCAGCCCGUGUGUCUGACAUCAUAGACGUGAAGAAGAUAGAGGCACACAUGAUGAAAGACGCAGGAUGUUGUCGACAAGUAAUUGAAAGUUGAUAGCCUCAUUAGGUGUUAUUGUCGGAACCUUUUGUGUAGUCUAGAUGUUCACUGUGCCAGUCCACGAGGACGACUGCAAGCGAUGUCCCUAUGAAAGGAUAUGCAUUAUGUGUUUCACUCUAAGCCUCGGAGUUACGCUUGUGUUCGUGGUUCCCUCUCUGACCGUGCUACAGAGCAAGGAUGCUGGUCAGGUGGUGUCGGUCAUGUCAAAGACGGAACAGAGGAAGCUUCUACUGCGAGCCAAGGUCCGCUGUUACAGGAAGAUGGUUCGCGUCCUCAAUACAACCAGCCAGGACCCUCGGGACGGCCCCGCCCCCUGUGUGGUGGCCUGGGACGACAUCCUGUGCUGGGACGAGACCCCCCCGGGGACCAUGGCUCAACAGACCUGCCCAGAUUAUGUCAACGGUUUCAACAAAAAUGAGUUUGCAAGACGGUACUGUGAUGAAAACGGGUCGUGGUGGGUCAACCCUGCGAACAACUACACGUGGACCAACUUCAGCGCCUGUGAGAAGCCCGCCAUUGACCUCCGAUAUCAUGCCGACAUCGCCAACAAGCUGCGGCUGCUGUACACUGUGGGGUACAGCGUAUCUCUAUCAGCUCUCGUUGUCGCCGUCAUCAUCAUGCUCUGCUGCAGGAGACUGAAAAGUAAAAGCAACAUUCUUCACAUCAACCUCUUCAUUGCCUUCAUCCUGAGGGCGUCCGUCUCCUUCCUCAAGGAUCUGUUGUUUAAAGGGGUUGGUCUGGACAUGGAUGUCAGGCUGAAGUCAGAUGGGACGUACGAGUUCCUGGACGGCCCACACUGGCAGUGUAAGCUGCUGUUCUGCCUCUUCAACUACACCAUCACCGCCAGCAUCAUGUGGAUCUUCAUAGAAGGCUUGUAUCUGCACAUGCUGAUAUACAGGACGCUGUCAACAGAGCGGAACGGCGUGUCAUUCUAUAUAGUACUAGGCUGGGUUCUACCUCUGGUGUUCUUAAUACCUUGGAUUGUCGUCAAAGCAGUCUUAGAAAAUACAUACUGCUGGAACAUACAGACAAGGUCCGAGUUUCUGUGGAUAUUAAAGGGUCCGGGAAUAGCUGUAGUGUUAAUUAAUUUCUUCUUCUUCCUGGACAUAUUUCGUAUAUUGUUCCUCCGAGCGAGGGCGAACCAGCGGCAUCUGGGAAAAGCCAAGUACAAAAAGUUGGCCAAGUUCAUCCUGGUCCUCAUCCCGCUGUUCGGCCUGAUGUACAUCAUCCUGAUCGUCGCCUUCCCUGCUGAGUUCACGCAGGAUGAUUACAACCUGUUUUAUCUGUACAUAGAAAUGGGCUACAACUCAUUUCAGGGCUUUCUUCUUGCCUUACUGUUCUGCUUUUUAAAUGAAGAGGUCCACGCAGAGAUUAAGAAAAUGUGGUACCGCCACAAAUCCAGACGAGCAGACGACGCUACGUUUACAAAAUCACUUGGAGCAUCAUCAUGGCGGAAAAGCUCGGGUAGCAAGUCUUCUCCUGCUUCGGAGCGUCGCCAGGGAGAUUGUAGUAGACAAAAAGUGGGGUCAACGUGCUCAUGUGACCAUGACAAAUCGGAUCACCUGCUCAAGAAAGCAUUGAUUGCAAAUGCAAAACGGGUCGUUUCUGAACAUAACACUGAAGGUGACCAAGGAGGAGGUAACUCUAUUGAAAGCGCUGCGAUAUCAAGGGACAUAACUGCUUGCAGUUGUGCAGCGGAUGUGUGACAGAACAACGUUUGUACAAGCGGGGAUACAAACAUUAUUCAUAUGAAGUAGUUACUUAUUCGGUGAUUGAAUUGUUAUGGAAUAAUAUUCGAACGGAGCGGUUUCAGGGUUAUCCUUGUGUACCAUUGGUGUACAUCUUUACAUUACUGUGAAAGAUAUCACACACAUGUAAAGGCAAAGACCGGCCAUAACAUAUCAGACAUGUGACGAUGGUCAUUUCACAAAGGACGUGAAAGUACCUCAUUUUGCUGUUAUCAAUAUUGGCAUGACGGAAGUAUAAUUCAUAUUCUGUAAAGACUUACCUCCGAAGUUUGUUUACCCGUUUCUUUUCUUGUAAUACAAAUUCGAGUAUGAAUGCCUCUGAGACUGUCAAGUUAAAUAUAUUAUCAUGUUAUGUAGACGUCUGUCCACGAGGAUAUUCUAUCUUUGAGGUUUUCACCAAUGAUUGCUGUUUGUCAAAUUACACAGUGAUUGGAGCUUACAUAUAUGUUACAUUUCCAUGACCUAUUUCUAUUUGAUAGGGCAAAACAUACAUGUACAGAUCUCAAAUAGUUUGUUUAUUUCAGAUUGAAUUUAACAACACAUAUUAAUUGAUCAUACUAUACCUCUCCUCGUAAGGGACAAAUGAAAUAGGUUACCAGUGGUAUUAAGCCACAAAUGAUGGCCCCAGACAGUCUACAAGUUUUAGUCAUGUACAGUUAUUAUACACUGUACUAUUUACUAUUUCAACAUACACACAGAAUUUCUGACUCGACUCGAUGGGUAAUAGCUACUUUGUCAGGACAUCUGGUGUACAGUGUAAGUAAAACAUGAGGCAAAAGUAUUUUUGAGUGUGUACUGAAACAAAUUAUUUCUUUUAAAUAAAAUCCUAGGCCAUCCCCGUAGCCCUCAUCUCAAGACCAGUAUCUAUUAAGUAACACAGUAUGUUCUGUAACUGGACCAGCAUGGGUUCACUGUCCUCAUCUCCAGGCAGUAUCUAUUAAGUAACACAGUAUGUUCUGUAACUGGACCAGCAUGGGUUCACUGUCCUCAUCUCAAGACCAGUACCUAUUAAGUAACACAGUAUGUUCUGUAACUGGACCAGCAUGGAUUCCCUGUCCUCAUCUCCAGGCAGUACCUAUUAAGUAACACAGUAUGUUCUGCAACUGGACGACCAGCAUGGGUUCCCUGUCCUCAUCUCCAGACAGUACCUAUUAAGUAAAACAGUAUGGUCUGCAACUGGACCAGCAUGGAUUCACUGUCCUCAUCUCCAGGCAGUAUCUAUUAAGUAACACAGUAUGUUCUGUAACUGGACCAGCAUGGGUUCACUGUCCUCAUCUCAAGACCAGUACCUAUUAAGUAACACAGUAUGUUCUGUAACUGGACCAGCAUGGAUUCCCUGUCCUCAUCUCCAGGCAGUACCUAUUAAGUAACACAGUAUGUUCUGCAACUGGACGACCAGCAUGGGUUCCCUGUCCUCAUCUCCAGACAGUACCUAUUAAGUAAAACAGUAUGGUCUGCAACUGGACCAGCAUGGAUUCACUGUCCUCAUCUCCAGGCAGUAUCUAUUAAGUAACACAGUAUGUUCUGUAACUGGACCAGCAUGGGUUCACUGUCCUCAUCUCAAGACCAGUACCUAUUAAGUAACACAGUAUGUUCUGUAACUGGACCAGCAUGGAUUCCCUGUCCUCAUCUCCAGGCAGUAUCUAUUAAGUAACACAGUAUGUUCUGCAACUGGACCAGCAUGGGUUCACUGUCCUCAUCUCCAGGCAGUAUCUAUUAAGUAACACAGUAUGUUCUGUAACUGGACCAGCAUGGGUUCACUGUCCUCAUCUCAAGACCAGUACCUAUUAAGUAACACAGUAUGUUCUGUAACUGGACCAGCAUGGAUUCCCUGUCCUCAUCUCCAGGCAGUACCUAUUAAGUAACACAGUAUGUUCUGCAACUGGACGACCAGCAUGGGUUCCCUGUCCUCAUCUCCAGACAGUACCUAUUAAGUAACACAGUAUGAUCUGCGACUGGACCAGCAUGGCUUGGCCGUGCUCAUCUCAAGACCAGUACCUAUUAAGUAACACAGUAUGAUCUGCGACUGGACCAGCAUGGGUUCACUGUCCUCAUCUCCAGACAGUAGCUAUUAAGUAACACAGUAUGAUCUGCAACUGGAGCAGCAUGGGUUCACUGUCCUCAUCUCCAGACAGUAGCUAUUAAGUAACACAGUAUGGUCUGCGACUGGACCAGCAUGUCUUGGCCGUGCUCAUCUCAAGCUGUCCUGUGGAAACGUCCUCCAAUUGAUCUUCACAGCCUUAAGCCGCCUUUUUGACCUCAAGCUAUGGUUCAACUCAGUAUUGUGCUGUCUUAGACGCAUUUAUGCAAAUGUCAUUACAAUAACUGAAUAAAUUUUAUUUUCAUAUAA